CGCAACGAUCAGUUCAAUAUUUUUUAAGUAUCGCGUUCGCGAUCUGUGAAUUAUUAUUGUUAAUUUGUAUUUUAAAUAACAAACGUAAUUAUUAUUGUUAAGUGUGGAAAUGUAAUUGCAGUAAUAAAUGGUGAUAAUUGAAAGUGUAGCACAAAGCAUGAUGGCGAGUCCCACUACAACAUUAUGUCCGGAAGUGAUAUUCACACCUAGCACAGCAAACGAUGCACAAAUCUCGACUGCAACAACAAAAUUAAAUAUAACAGCAAAUUCACUUAGUGUUAAUAAUCAAACAAAAAGAAAGUUCAGUUUCCCCGCAAGCUUUCAUUCAUCAACACUAUUAACAACAGAAUCAAAUACGAAUGUUAUAGCUCGAACGACCCGGCGAUUAAGUGCAAAUGUGAGUGAUCGUGUGAGUGAGAGAGUGAGGAAAUUAUCAACAGCUAUGGGACUGGGAUGGAAUCAAUCACCAUCAAAAGAGAUUCUCUUAUCACAAGCUAAAUUUCUAAUUACACUGUAUGUUCGAUUUCGUAUUAAGAGAUCCGUGAUACUCAAUCAGCAGAAGAAGAAAUUAGGUUUACAAAAAUUACAGCGGAAUAUGCUGGGUAUUGGUGACGUAAAAGAAGUUUUUCUCGCGAUAAAAGAGGCUUGUACUUGCUUAGAGCAAAUGCAUCAAAAAGUUUAUACGAAUAUAGCUAGACAAAUUUCUCGUGGACCAGCUGAUAUGGAGAAUCCUGAAGAGACUGUUGUUUUACUUGGUACAAUUGGAAAAUUCCUGUUCAAAUCGGAAGUGACAUGGGGUAAAAUUAUAUCCCUUUUUUGUGUCACUGCCGGACUUUCAAUUGACUUGGUACGAAUGAAUCAUGAAGAAGCUUUACCAAAAAUUAUUGAUGGAUUUUGUGGUGUUGUUGAGGAUGAGCUAAUAUCAUGGCUAGCGGAUCAGAGUCAUGGAUGGCUUGAUAUACAUUACCGCUUACUCGAUAAGAAGCGAAAUAUUGAGUUUACAAAGUUUCUUUCAAGUAUUAUUUUGCUAGGCAUAAUUAUUUUAUUCUUCAUUAUUAAUAAUUAUUUACUUAAAUAUUAAAUAAAUACUUUUUAUAUUUAUAUUGUUUAA